AUGUCUACAUUCUUUGAUGAAAUGAAAAAGUCCUUUGCGGAUGUUCCUAUUACUGACAAAAAAAUUGAUACUGCCAGCUUUUUAGAAGCUUCUGAGUCUUUAAUCAAAUUGUUCGACUUGUUAGGCUCUUCAGCUUUCCAGGUUGUACAGAAGGAUAUGACAGGUAACAUUACCAAAAUUCGUACUAAAUUAUUGGCUGAUCCAGCUGGUUCUGGUACUUUGCAAGAUUUAGUUUUGUCAGAAGCCAACACCAAGACCAAAACUGCUACUCAAGGUUUAUUGUGGUUGUCUCGUGGUUUGCAAUUCACCAGCCAAGCUAUGAGAGAAACUGUUGACAACCCUUCCAAAGAAUUAGCUGUCACUUUUACUGAUGCUUACUCCAAAACCUUAUCUCAAUAUCACGGUAUGUUGGUCAAGCCAAUUUUCAAGUUAGCAAUGAAAGCUUGUCCAUACAGAAAAGACUUCUUUGAAAAACUUGGUGCUGAUCAAACGAAGGUCGCGGAACAAUUAAAGACUUGGUUAAAGGCAUUAGAAGACAUUGUCCAGAUUAUUCUCGAUUUCUUUACCUCUGGUAACUACGGUAAAGGUUUAUAA